GCAUCCCUGUGAAAGGAAUGAUAAAUUUUGUGGUUCGCAUUAUUAAAAUAAAAAUCCUUAAAUAUUAUUAAUUGAAAAGAAUGCGUAUCUAGUAGAAUGAAAAGCAAAUUGGCUUGUUGUGCCUUCUUCAUAAACUUGUUCUAGGAAUUUUGAAUCGGGGAACCAGAAUGUGUUUACUCGAAUAUAAUCCGCACGCGUCUGGCGAUCAUUCAACGUUCGAUCGUCGAGGAGGAUCUCGUGUCAGAAAUACUGCUGAAAUCAGUCUAAUAAACUACACUUAAAAACCACCACAUCGCUGAAACAACAGUAAAGGUAGGAAAUUAAUUUUAUUGUAUAUAUAAAAUACCGAAUUGAAAAGAAAUUAUUAUAAUAAUUAAUAUUGCAAUUAAUUUCAUAAUAUUACGUAUCAAAAUAAUUGCAGUAGUAAAAUAAUUUUCGUGCCGUUUAAAAUUAUUUCUCUUAUUUGAACGUGUUGAUUACAAACUCUCGAUCUUGAAUCAUGUCCUUUGAAAAAAUUCUAUGUAAUAUUUCACAGCAUCAUAGCUUCACCAAGGAUCUGAGGUCACACGGUUUAUAUACAAGGACUGUUUCCUUCUCAUAUCCUGAAGGCACACUGAACAGUAUUUCAUUCGAUCGAUUCAUAACAAAAUUAUUUAAAAUGUUAAUCAAUGAAAAUAUCAGUAUAUUCUUAGAAUUCGAUAACACACUUACCAGUGUGAAGAUUAAUACAUCCUGGCAUCCUGAAGGUCUAUCAAUAAGUACAAAAUAUUCUGAAUCCUCAAAUCUUGAGGAUAUAAAUAUUAGUCAAAAAGUUCAUAUAUUUAUAGAGUUUAAAGAUACUGUUACUAAUUUGACAAUCGGUACAGCCUCAGAUCCUGAGGACAUAUUAAUUACAAUGAAAAACAACGAAUUCUUAAAUUUUAACGAUUUAAUGAUCAGUGGUAAAAUUGAUAUAUCUUUAGAUAUUAGUGAUAUAUUUACUACUGUGAAAAUUAGUUCAUUCACAAAUCUUGAAGAUACAAUUAACAACAAAAUUGGUAUAUUUUUAAAAAUUAUGGAUCAGAUGAUUAGUGAAGAAGUUCAUAUAUCCUUAGAGCUUGAUGAUGCCUUCACCAAUGUUAAAAUUAGCACUCAUAGAUCUUAACGAUUCAAUGAUUGCUGUAGUAAACAGAACAUUAUAUUAGAAUAAAAUUAUAUUUA